AUGACUCUCAUAAUCGACUGUAGGGUCACAAGCGUCUACUCUAAGAAACACAUGCUCGAUCAAAGGACUUAUUGUUGCACUUGCUUUCAUCAAAUGUUUGAAGGAAUGGGACUUGGUGGCUGCAUUCUCCUGGCGCACUACAAGUUCAUAAAGAAGGCAGCAAUGGCAUUCUUCUUCAGUGUGACAACUCCAUUUGGAUUAGCAUUGGGAUUGGGAUUGGCCAGCACAUACAAGGAGAACAACCCUCGAACGUUGAUCACCGUUGAAUUGCUGAACGCGUCAUCUGCAGGGCUGUUGAUCUAUAUGCGUUUUUUAACUUGUUCGUAUCACUUUGGUGGAUCAUUGGCUGUUGAUUUUAUGGGGCCAAAAUUGCAGAGAAGUAUCAAACUCCAAAUCAAGUCUUACAUAGUUGUUCUACUAGGUGCCGGUGGGAUAUCACUCAUUGCCAAAUGGGCUUAA